AUGAGGUCACACGGAACAUGGAUGUUUGGUGGUCGUUGGCCUCACUUUUGUGGUGACAGAGAUGGAGGCAUUGGAGGAGGAAGAGGAUUAGGUCGUGGCAGUGCUGGAGGUGGUGGUGAUGGUGGAGUGGUGGUCAUGAGGAGUGCUGGAGGAAGUGGUGAUGGUGGUGGAGGACUUGGGGGCCGUUCAGGUCAAGGAGGGGGCUUUGGAGCUGGUGGUGAUGUAGGCCGUGGUCUUGAAGGUGGUGGUCUUAGAGAUGGUGCUGGAGGAGGUGGUGAUCGUAGAGGUGGAGGCAAUGAUAGAGGUGGUGCUGAAUGA